AUGCCACCAAGAGGAAGAGGGGGCAAAUUCUCCAAGCCCACCCGAGGAGGCGGCAAGCAUUUUUCGCGAGACCUGCAACCCCUCGACCGUGAAGGCAACCAGAUGGGCAUGUGGCGAGACCCCGCGGAUGCGGCAGAGUCGUCUUCCGAAGAAGAGGAGGAAGAAUCAUCAGAGGAAGAGUCUUCGGGCGAAGAGGGAGGGCCAUCGUCCACGGCUCAGCCAGCCUCGGGCGAAUUGACCCGCGAACAACGCAAGGAAGCCGCCCGGCUAAAGAAACAGGCAGCGAUCGCGAGGAAGAACAAGAAGGUCGCCGCUGUUGGAGACAUGCCCAGCGACUCUGAAGAGGAGGAGAGCGAGGACGACGACGAGGAGGACAUGCCCGCGAAUCCCAACCACACCCAAAAGGCCCGGUCCAUGGCCCGUGCAGCCACCGGCCCGAGCGGCGAACAGCCCAAGAAGACGGACAAGGAGAACCUGAGCAGGCGGGAGAAGGAGGCCAUCGCCGCUCAGCAGGCCAAGGAACGGUACCAGAAGCUGCACGCCGAAGGCAAGACGGAUGAAGCGAGAGCCGACCUUGCGCGGCUCAGGCUCAUUCGGGAACAGCGAGAGGCUGCCGCGGCGCGGAAACAGGCUGAAAACGAAGAACGGGAUGCGCGUGAGAAGGAGCGAGACGAGCGCGAGGCAAAGAGGCGUGAAGCUGCCCUAGGGGCCAGCGGUGCGAAGAAGGGUGCCAAAGGCAAGAAAUGA